AGGAUGCAGGAGUAUGAUAUUAUAGUCCUUGGAACUGGACUCAAGGAAUGUGUCCUUUCUGGUUUGAUGUCUCAAAGCGGAAAAAAGGUUCUGCACAUUGACAAGAAUCCAUAUUAUGGGGGAGAAAGUGCAUCUAUUUCUCCCCUUGAAGAGCUGUACAAGAGGUUUAAAGUCUCUGGUCCUCCUAAAUCAAUUCGCAGAGGAAAAGAAUGGAAUGUUGACCUUGUUCCCAAGUUUUUUAUUGCUACUGGCCAGCUGGUAAAAAUCUUGGUGCACACUGAGGUUACACGCUAUCUGGACUUCAAAGUCGUUGAAGGCAGCUACGUCUACAAAACAGGCAAAUUACACAAAGUACCAGCUACAGAGGAAGAUGUCCAGUCUUCAGAUCUGCUGGGCAUGUUUGACAAGAGGAGGUUCAAGAAGCUGUUGCAUUUUGCCCUGAAUUUUGAUACAAGGAACCCUCGCACCCACCAGGAUGUGGAUCCUGAAAAAACAACCACACGGGAGCUGUUCACUCGCUUUGAUCUGGGACAAGACGUCAUAGAGUUCACAGGUCAUGCCAUGGCCUUACACAGCAGUGAGAGUUACCUGGACCAGCCCUGUCUGGAUACUAUCAACCGGAUCAAACUGUACUCUGAGUCCUCUUCCCGCCACAACACCAGCCCGUACCUCUACCCCCUGUACGGGCUCAGGGAACUACCGCAGGGAUUUGCCAGACUCAAUGCAGAGUAUGGAGGAACUUUCCUGCUGAACAGGACAGUAGAUGAGAUUGUGAUGGACAACGGCAAAGUGAAAGCUGUGAAAUCUGAUGGAAAGCUUUUCCACUGCAAACAGCUGAUCUGUGACCCCAGCUACGUCCCCAACAGAGUCAGGAAAGUUGGACGUGUAGUGAGAGUGAUUUGUUUACUAAACCAUCCAGUUAAAAACACUCAUGAGGCCAGCUCCUGUCAGAUCAUCAUCCCUCAAACACAGCUCAACAGGAAGUCAGACAUCUAUAUAUCUGUGGUGGCCUUUGGCCACAGUGUGGCCUCUGAUGGGAUGUACAUUGCCACUGUGAGCACCACUGCAGAGACCAGCAACCCGGAGAAAGAGGUGCAGCCGGGGCUAGAGCUUCUGGAGCCCAUCGUGCAGAAAUUUGUGUCUGUCAGCAACCUGCUUGUUCCAAAUGAGGAUGGGAGAAAGAGCCAGAUAUUUGUGUCCCGCUCAUAUGAUGCAACCACCCACUUUGAGACAGAGUGUGAGGACAUCAAAGACAUGUACAAGCGGCUCACGGGAACGGAGCUCUGCUUCUGGAGCUCUCGACACCAGUCUCACAACUCCGACGACGACUGA